GGCUCUGCAUUUGCCAUUACCCACAAGUCAGACGCCUGCCCUGCCCUGCGCUGCGAACAAGAGAUACUUAGCUGUCCUGCGAAACGAAUCGUCUUUUCAAGUUUCUUCUCAACAAGACCGCUGUCCGUCGAGGAAGAAAGUCGCGGCCUUGGUGGCAAAAAGGUCACGAGAGCGGGCUGCUCCUCUCGAACCACCAACACCAACACCAAUACCACGUACUCUCUCCAAACCUCACCCUGAGCUGAGCUUCUCAGCUUUCGCGACACAUCGCGAACUGCGCGGCAGAACGACAAACGGGCUGUGGAAACACAUUGAUCCUCAGGAUUGAAAUCAGCUGCAGUCUUACACUGUGCGUGUUUCUCCUCCUAACGUGAGUGCUACCCUCUCACCGUGUCGGCUUCUGACGGAGGUUGUCGUCAUACCUUUUUCCCAGCAUUCGAUCGAUCGAUCGAUGCCUCGACCAAUCACAGCCCCCCUGCCCACUCGACAUAUACACUCUUGUACCUACACAAUUUCAGGGUCCAACACUUGAGCAGCCAUCCAACACCAACUAAUCCGCAGCCUACAAACAGUAUUCCUUUCGAAAUCCAGCUUCAACAUUCCCCCCAUCAUCCACUUCGUCGAAGUGGUCACUACCGACAAAACGGCUUGCACGACGACAACCCGAACUCCGACUCCAUGUCGUCUGAGUACUUCGCAUAGCAACGCGAGCACCGACGCAGAAUCUGCCAAUUCAGCUAAGCGUCUUGAGGUGCCCAAGAUGCCCGACGCCCAGCCUACAUCUGAAGGCGGGCGCCCACCGAAGUCGCCGAAUGGACACCCGCUACCACGCCGAAGUUCGCCUGAGCAUUCAAUCACACUGCGCAACCACCGAUUAGCACACGAAGCAACUGAGAAAGCAGCAUUAAAACGAGCCUUGGCCGCUGCCAGCCCGGAGUCUUCAUCAUCACCUAACAGACAGUCCUCCGGCGAGAGCCACAAUACCGGCCCUAGCGACCCAGAGAAAUGGUUCGAUCAAAACAAUGAGAAUCCCACGACAACGUAUGCCGGCGCAAUGGACGUCGAUCCCCCGUUCUUCCAGAAGGAGAGCGAUUCCUCCAACGAUGACGCGAAACCCUCGGCCUACCCGACGCAUCUGAGACCACCGAUGGACGGAAUGAUGAUCGGGGCCAACAAGCCGAGCGCCACGCAUAGCAGCAGCGCUGACGACUAUCGAAGCGUAAUCGACGAUCUGACGGUUGAGAUCAAGAGGCUGAGGGACGAAUUGAAGCGUUACAAGCAAAAAGGACCAGAGUUGAUGAAGAGAGACAAGUUAUUCGAAAUCAAGGUCCAUGGGCUUCCCAAGCGGAAGAAGAGGGAGCUGGAGAGUACACUACGCGAGUUUGCGUCUGGCUUGGAAAGCAGUACCCCCAGUGCUGAAGCUUCGUCGUCUCGAAAGAAGUCGAGGCACAACGCUCAUUUGCAUUCAGGUUCUGGUUACGCUUCGAAGCAUGCAUCGUCUUCUUCAGGCUCUCAUUCGAGGCCCGUUGACAGUGCAUAUGCUUCGAUGUCAACUGGGGCAAACUCAUCCGGCACACAUCUCGCCCGGCCAUCCAUUAGCUCCAGAACCAAGUCAUCGGAGCAGAAGGUGGAGAAUUACCUGAAGGACAUUCCGGAGGGAUUAUAUCCGCGACAUAUGGUUCUGACGGAAAAAGACCGGAAGAAGUUGAUCGUCCGUCGGCUGGAGCAGAUUUUCACGGGUAGAAUCAGCGGACGGAAUCUCGCUCGUCCGCAGCCCAUGUCCGCAGCAAACAUCGCCUCAUACGCCCCGAUUAUGGUGGAGCCGACAACCGGCAACACCACCACUCAUCACGGGCCCUCUAAUGUGCCCGCCGGUUACUGCGAGCCUUCUCGCGAGGCUCCCAUACUUGCAUCAGAUGGGAAAAAGAACGUCGCCAAAGAUGGCGAAUCAUCAAAUUCGAACGGCGAUCAACGGGAUUCUGGUGGCAAUUGGGCAGCCGGGGCAGAUGCAAGCAGCAUUUCACCGCCGGAUCCGCCGCCGCCAGAGCAACGUCCCACCAGACCGCUCGAUCUUGACCCGGAUCGCAUGCAAAACCCGAGCGCCAACAUGGACUACAUCCGUCACUUGGGUCUCGCCCCGCCUCAUUUGACGGCGCUAAUGACCGAUGGCGACGUGUCCCCGGAUGCCGAUGGCUGGGUCUAUUUGAACUUGCUUUGCAAUAUGGCACAACUGCACAUGCUCAACGUUGCCCCCGACUACAUCAGGAGCGCGGUGUCCGAGAAGAGCACGAAAUUCCAGCUUUCGCACGAUGGCCGCAAAAUCAGAUGGCGCGGAGGUACAGAGGGAACCAAAUUUAGUAGCGACAGCUCCGGCAAUACCUCCCAGCUCAGUCGGUCCGACGAAUCCGAUGAGGCACAACCAGACAAUCAGAGCAAGAAGCGCAAGCUGCGUUCGGGGAAGAAUGGUUCUUAUUCCACUUCAUAUGGGAAGAACGCAUCCGACCAAUCGAAACCAGAGUAUCCAAUACCAUCGGCGGACACCUUCCACUACAAGCCACUGUUUGUGCAUCAAUCGUCAUCUGCUGAACAAACUUCGCUAGAUGAUGUUGGAUCAUCGUACGGAGCCGUGGAAGAAAGCAACAAUGGAGAGUCACGAUGGGACGGAUCGGGAUCCUCGCGCCGUAAGAGGCGUCGUUUGGAUGGUGCUAUCAUUUACUACAGUGGUGCUCCAUUCUGUACCGAUCUCUCUGGCGAUCCUGGUGAUGCGUCCCCCGCUUCAUACAUGACCUCAUCUGGCCAGGACCAACAGUUGUCCUCCAGCGCUGGUUUCCUCAGACCUGACCUUCCUCGCCGCACUGAAUCGGGCUCGGCGCUCCCGUACCGACCUCUAGUUGAAGGCCGUAAAGCCCCCAGUGUGGCUGUCACAACGGAAAACGGUUCAGACGACAGCGAUGGCGGCAUCGAGGCCGACUUCCCCUGGUCCAAUGUCCCUCAAGACGCCGUCGGCAGCAAGCUGGAUGCCUGCGGUCUGGGUGGUGUCAUUCCCGAUGAUCACUUUGUUGUGGUCGCCACCACGAAGAGGCCGAAAGUGGAUGUGAAGCAGGAAACGACGAUCAGCUUACAAUCUGAGGAAUUUUCCAAGCUGAUGAGCAGAAUCACAUCGCCAUUGGGGUCUUCUGGGUCCCAGGCAAAAUCAGCAAAGUCCGAAUCCCGCAAGAAAUCGCCGAUCAACAUCGAAUACACGUCUAGAUCUGUUCGGAAGCUUAACCCUACGCCUUUACCGCCACCGGGUUUGUACUUCGCUUUUGACAGCGACAGCUCCGACAGCUCCGACGAUGAUGAUGACGAGUCCAACUCGGACGAAGAUUCAAAGGUAGGGGGCGUUACACGAGCUCACGCCCCUGCUUUUGACAGACCGUAUCCUGACGAUGCACAGAUGUCGAGCGGCGACGAGGGCGACAGCGAGCCGGAAAAUGGAGAUGAGAUGGCAGGCGUUGUAGAAGAUGAAGAUAGCGGAGCCGACUUCAAGAUCCCCCUUCCCCCUCGGGAUCUCCGCCGCACCAGUAGCAGCAGUGCGGUUGCGGCCGCCGGAACUGCCAGAGGUCGCAGCAACAGUGCCGAACUUCCAGUUGCCGCUGGCAGUUCAGCCGCCACUGCAGGUGGUGCGGAGAGCGGCUAUAGCAGUGGCCGGGAGGAGAGCGGUUCAAGUUGAGGGAAGAUGUGUUCGAGUGGGUUAAGCAGGAAGGGGAUUUCAGGAGAAGCUCAGAAGGCGGAUUAAUGUGAGAGGUGCAUCGCGUGGCGCUUGGUUCGUCGGGAUAGAUUGGUACAAGAUAUCCCCCCAUCAUGUUGGAGACCGUUAUUUUAUCCCACGUCAUUUGAGGUUUUUGAAACCCAACGAAGAUAGCCAGUAGCGGGCAAUUUCGAGGCGUUUUCUCUUCAGCGAUUUAGUUAGGAAACCAACUCAAAUGAUACCCGA